AUGAGCAAACAGCAUCAAGACAACCGAAAGGCCAACAUUUGCACUGCGUGUGUCUAUGGCGCAUCCAUUCUCUUCUCCAUCUCGUUCGCCAUUUGGGGUCUAUUCAUUUACUCCCAUAUUUUGUAUCCGAGAGUUCCAUUUGAUACGAUUCGUUGUUAUGGAUCGACCAUUGUCAAAUUGUUACUAGUUGUGACGAUUUUGGAAUUUAUUGGAAUUUUGUUUGGAACUUUGGCCAUGUGUUCUGGAUUUUUAGAAGUUUGUUACAGUGCCCUCGCUGCUUCUCGAUCUUACAAAUUUGUGGGUCAAGUGUCACCUGCCAUGGACGAUGAAGGUUAUGCUGUAUUGAGUGAAAAUUGGAUUCAAGAAACUUCUCCCAACUUGUUUGAGAAUGCUCCUUUCGAUAUGGAUGGAACUCAAUCCAUUCAUAUGAAAUCUAGUGUCGAUCGAAGAAAUGGAGGCCAGGCAUUGAAUGAGCCAGCUGUCACUAAUCAAGAACUGAAAUCCUCGGAAGAAAUGCAAAACCAAUCUUCACAAGUAGUUCAAAGCAAUGGAGAAAUAGUUGUCACUCAUCAAUCACUUCCAUCCAGAAAACAACAACACAUCAAACACCACUAUGAAUAUCACUACGAAGAAACCAGAAGCUCUUGCUGUUCCAAUUUCUUUAGAAUUGGUAAUUGUUUCACUCUUUCCUUUUUAAGAAGUCUCUGUCAGUUGACAAAAUCUGCCACUGGCGUUGCCAUCACUGCCUUACUCGUUGUCAUGGCCUUCUAUGUGUUUGAAAGUCGUUGUAACACUGAUUACGAUCGAAUGUAUACAUUAGUCAGACCAUUCCUCAUUGCACAAUUUGUGUAUUGUGUCAUUGCAACGUUGGCAACUGUGAUCAUUACCUGUGGACCUUUUUUGUUUAAUAUUUUGGUCCUCAUUGUGUCCUUGUAA